UAUGUCAGUUAUUCGUGAGAGAAAUCCCCUUACUUCUCUUAAUUAGCUUUAAAAUCUAUUUGCAAAGACUAAACCUUCAGAGUCUUCUUAAAAUAUAUGUUCAGAGUUACCUCGUGGUGUUAGUAAACAUAAAUAAAAAACUGAAGGUUCCAAGAGAGAACUUUCUAAUGUUUAGAAAAGCUAAUAUACAUUACAAUCAUAAAAACUAUAUACUAAUCAUUAAGAUCUCUUACUCUCUCCUGAAAGAUGUGAUUCUAUAUAAUAAGAAAAUAAAGUACUUGAUAAUCAUAUUGAUAAAAAAAGAAUCCUCAAAUAAUCUGUUGAACAUUCAAACGAUCCUAAUUAAAAAAGAACAAAUGAACCAACAAAAAAGAUUGAAUAAUCAUAAACUAUCUAACUCAAAAACCUUAUCCAAGCUAAGUAGAUGAAAGAGACUAACAAUCAAAUCUUAGAAAAACACAAGAAUUCCAGAAGAGAAAAAAAUGUCGCUUAAAUUUUAUAUGAUGAUAGUCGAACUAAGAAUCAAAAAAAUUAAUAGAUUAGCCAAAGUUCUACUAUUAAUAAUGAAACUAAAUUGUCAGAAAAUACAUAACAAUGGUUUAUCUAAAGAUUUAUUAAGGACUUUUAUUUCUUUCUUAGUAAUACUGAAAGUGUCAAAAUUAGUUGGGAUUACUCUAAAAUUUAUGAAUAUGAUUUCUAACAAAUUCUUUAAGGACUAGGAUUUGGUGAAAGUAAAGAUUUAUGGAAUGAUUUUACCAAUUGCUCAUUUAUACUCUCAAGAAAUAUGCUCAUCAUUUUACUUGCCAUCCUCAAUGUACCAGUUUAGUAGAUACCUCUUUACAUACCAAAAGAUGAUGAAUAAGUUCCUCUAGCGUCCCAUUAUAAAAUUGAUGAAAAUGGCAAUCUUUUGCUAUCACCCUAAGAUUGUGUUGAAAUACACAAUAAAUACAAAUAACUUUAUUUGAACACCAAACAAAUUUAAGGAAAUGGAUAAAGAAGAAAUAUUGAAAAAUCAAAAUCCCCUCCCUAAGUUGUCAAUUUAUUAAGUAAUAGAUCACGUGAUAUGGCAAUCAAAAAGAAAAAUAAUCUCAAUAUCAAUGAAUGGUUUACUUAGUAAGAAUAAAAAAAAAAAGAGAAUAUUGAUAAAUUGAAAAAUCAAUUAGAACAAUAAGAUGAAACUAAAGAAAUCAAAUAAACUAUCAAACCUAUUGCAAUUGAUUUAACUUAAUUAAGCAAACCAAUCAAAAAACAAUAAGAUAAAUCAACUAUCGAUCUAGAAUUUGAAAAUCAAUAGUAAUUUUGUACUUUCUCCCCUUAAAUUAAUCCUAUGAAACAUUUUCCAAUUUCAACUGCCUCUACUUAAUAUGAUAUUGAUUAAUAAGCAAAACGAUUAAGAGAGGCUCGGUUAAGACAAAAAACGCUUGAAAAAUUGAAAAGCACUGGAAACACAACGAAUAAUGAAAGUAGAACUUAGAUCAAAUUAUAAACAGAAUAAUCAAUGAGUUAAGAACCAAAAUGUAAAAAAAUUAAAAGCAAACCUAUCUUUCUAAAUUUUCCUAUUUUGUAUAUAGAUGUAAAAAUAGAUGAUGCAAAGACUGUAAGAUUACCAGUAUUUAAUGGAGAUAAUUCUGAAAGUUUAGCAACUAAAUUUGCUCUAGAUCAUAGUAAGAUUUAUAUAAAUAAAUUUAAGAUUUAGAUAAUUCUUUAGAGGAAAGACUUAAAGACUUACUAGAAGAGUAAAUAAAUUCGGUCUAAGAAUAAUAGUUAUGAAUUCACACUUUAAUUUAUUUAAAAUUUUUUACUAUUUGAUAAAUAAGUAUUAACGAUUGAUUUAUAAAAUUAACUCAUUUUUGACUUACGCUAUCUAAUUUUUGAGAUUUAUUAUUUUUCCCUUUGUUCUCUUUUUUAUCCUAACUUUUCUUAGUUUUUUUAUUUUUUUAUUUUUUAUCUUUUUCCUUUUACUCUUAGUUCGUUUUCAAUAACUUUUUAUUAUUUUUUUUGUACAAUCUUAGUAAUCUUUGUUCAUUUGUUUCUNUCUUUACAUACCAAAAGAUGAUGAAUAAGUUCCUCUAGCGUCCCAUUAUAAAAUUGAUGAAAAUGGCAAUCUUUUGCUAUCACCCUAAGAUUGUGUUGAAAUACACAAUAAAUACAAAUAACUUUAUUUGAACACCAAACAAAUUUAAGGAAAUGGAUAAAGAAGAAAUAUUGAAAAAUCAAAAUCCCCUCCCUAAGUUGUCAAUUUAUUAAGUAAUAGAUCACGUGAUAUGGCAAUCAAAAAGAAAAAUAAUCUCAAUAUCAAUGAAUGGUUUACUUAGUAAGAAUAAAAAAAAAAAGAGAAUAUUGAUAAAUUGAAAAAUCAAUUAGAACAAUAAGAUGAAACUAAAGAAAUCAAAUAAACUAUCAAACCUAUUGCAAUUGAUUUAACUUAAUUAAGCAAACCAAUCAAAAAACAAUAAGAUAAAUCAACUAUCGAUCUAGAAUUUGAAAAUCAAUAGUAAUUUUGUACUUUCUCCCCUUAAAUUAAUCCUAUGAAACAUUUUCCAAUUUCAACUGCCUCUACUUAAUAUGAUAUUGAUUAAUAAGCAAAACGAUUAAGAGAGGCUCGGUUAAGACAAAAAACGCUUGAAAAAUUGAAAAGCACUGGAAACACAACGAAUAAUGAAAGUAGAACUUAGAUCAAAUUAUAAACAGAAUAAUCAAUGAGUUAAGAACCAAAAUGUAAAAAAAUUAAAAGCAAACCUAUCUUUCUAAAUUUUCCUAUUUUGUAUAUAGAUGUAAAAAUAGAUGAUGCAAAGACUGUAAGAUUACCAGUAUUUAAUGGAGAUAAUUCUGAAAGUUUAGCAACUAAAUUUGCUCUAGAUCAUAGUAAGAUUUAUAUAAAUAAAUUUAAGAUUUAGAUAAUUCUUUAGAGGAAAGACUUAAAGACUUACUAGAAGAGUAAAUAAAUUCGGUCUAAGAAUAAUAGUUAUGA